UCAGUAAUCAGUAUAGAUACUGUUUAUUCUCAAUUUCUGAUACUCUUCAGAUUCACACACCAACUCAAAUGGCUUCUCAAGAUCAUCAUCAUCAUCAUGACCAUGACCAUCAUCAUCAUCAUCAUAGCCAUGGGGAUUCAUGGGUUGGGGCAGAUGGGAAGGUGUACCAUAGCCAUGAUGGACUGGCACCUCAUUCCCAUGAACCCAUUUACUCCCCUGGCUUCUUCAGCAGAAGAGCACCCCCUCUAAUCAACAGGGAUUUUAAAGAAAGAGCCUUCACUGUAGGGAUUGGUGGCCCUGUUGGAACUGGGAAAACGGCUUUGAUGCUGGCAUUGUGCAAAUCAUUGAGGGACAGAUACAGUCUAGCGGCAGUGACGAAUGAUAUAUUCACGAAGGAGGAUGGAGAGUUCUUGAUAAAACACGGAGCACUUCCCGAGGAAAGGAUUCGUGCGGUGGAAACAGGAGGCUGCCCACACGCAGCAAUUCGGGAAGAUAUUAGCAUUAAUCUCGGGCCUCUAGAAGAGCUUUCGAACUUGUUUAAAGCCGAUAUCCUGCUGUGUGAAUCCGGUGGAGAUAAUCUAGCUGCAAAUUUCAGCAGGGAGCUGGCCGACUAUAUCAUCUACAUAAUCGAUGUAUCUGCUGGUGAUAAAAUCCCGCGGAAAGGUGGUCCGGGCAUUACCCAAGCUGACCUCCUCGUUAUAAACAAGACUGAUCUAGCACCAGCUGUGGGAGCUGAUCUGUCUGUUAUGGAGCGGGAUGCACUUCGCAUGAGGGAUGGUGGCCCGUUUGUUUUUGCUCAGGUGAAACAUGGUGUCGGGGUCGAGGAAAUAGCGAACCACGUCUUACAGGCUUGGGAAGUAGCAACGGGGAAUAAGCGGCACUGAGUUCUUUCAAUGGAGAGGGUGAGAGCUGCAUCUGUGAACUCUCUUUUUAUCGAAUGAUAAACGAUUUCGCCUAAUUCCCAGCAAUUAAAAGCUCCUCUCCUUGAAUAAACUAGAUCCUGCAUUGUUAUUUACCACUCUAUUGCUGUGUUUUCUCCUUAUGAAUGUUCUGUUGUUCUUGGAAAAAUUAAAAUUAAGGGGUGUAGUUAGCCAUAUUUGAUCC